GCAAAAAAAAAAAAAGGGGGGAAACAAGCAAGCCGACAGCCUCCCAUGAAGAGAAACCGGUUGAAAGCUUGAAGAUUUCUCCUUCUUUUCUUGUUCUAGAACCCAGAAAUUCUCCCCCCUACUGGAAAAUCCAGAUCUGCUGCUGCUUCCUCCUCCUCACUGCUGGCUGCUCCUGCUUUGUGAGGGUGAAUUGCUCGGUUUUUUGUUUCCAUGAGCUUCCCCCUGCACUACCGCUGGCUUCUUCUCCCCGCAGCUCUGGUUCCUUGCAUGCAAAUUCUGGUUCUUGAUCCUUGGGGUACUUUAGUACGUGAAUUGAGUGCUCGAUUUUAUGCGAUUUCAGCAUGCCUACUUGAAAGUUUAAUUGAUUAUCCUGAUGAUUUGAAAGUGAUUGGUGAAUUAUGAUUUUUCUGUUAACCUCUGCCUGUUUUGUCUCCGAUAUGGUCAUGUUAUUCGUGUGCCCGCUAGUGGGAGAUUUAUAAACGCUAGCACAUGUCAACAUGUUAGUGAUAGAAUCGGUUCAUUCAACCCUGCUAGUGGGGGUUAUACACCAGUAAAUCGUGUGCCUGUCAGUGGGAGAUUUAUAACACUGGCCGUGAUCUAUAGAGUAGACGUCUAUUUUGUUCCCGUACUGUAUCCAUUUUUCGUAAUUGCACAUGUUGGCAUGCUACAAGUUUAAUUAAGGGCACUACAUAUUUUGCUUACUGAGUUUAUCUCAUAGUUUUUCCUUGUCCACCAUUUCAGGAAGCGAAACCGAGGACGGGGAAUCACGGGAAGUGACAAGUUAGAAAGCUAGCCAUUUUGAGAUUUGAUAUAGAUUUUAGAAAUAGAUCAUGAUCUUAUAAGCUAAACUGUAUUGGAGAUUUUAUGAUAUCAGAGAAAAUUUUAUAAUUUGAUCUUCAAAUUUUUGUGGUAUCAGAUUGUGAUAUGAUUAGUUCCGAGCCUUGUGCAUUU